CUCCCGUCGGGAAUUCUGGGAAGCGUAGUCCAGGAGGUCUCUACAGGCAGAGUCACUUCCGCCCCAGGUACUCGAGGCCGCGGCCUUCAUUCCUCUCGGAAAGGCUCUGAGCAAAUAAAGAUCUGGGAUUUAUAGCCCUUUUAGAAGGUCAUCCAUAAAUGUUGGGAUCAGAAAGAACACCUCAGGAGCCACAAGUUGUGUGAGGAGUUCUGGAUACGGCUUGGAGGCUGUCUCAUGCACUCAGGCAUCCUUCCGAAUAGCCUAAUGGUAGCUGGAAUCCAGCACACACUCUGCCUGCUAAGGUGUAUGUGGCAGCGUCUGCCUGGGGGAAGCGUUUCCCUAGGAAAAGAAGGAGAAAAUGACCAAGUUCCAGGUCCUCCUCAGGUUCUUACAGAAGACAAGCACCCGGCCCACUCCAGAGCCGUUCUCCUGUGGAUCAAGAACAUCAGACAUACUAACUGGUGAAAAGAGAAGCAGAAACUUUUAAAACCAUCCACAGUUCUCAUUCAGAGACCAAGACCUGAAUUUGUGAUGUUUGGAGCUCCAGCCAGAAAUGCAGAAUUGAACAGGAGCCAGUGACGUUCAAGGAUGUGGCUGUGGUCUUCACGGAGGAGGAGCUGGGGCUGCUGGACCCGUCCCAGAGGAAGCUGUACCGAGACGUGACUCUGGAGAACUUCCGGAACCUGGUCUCAGUGGGGACUCAGCUCUUCAAACCAGACCUUAUCUUCCAGCUGGAGAGAGAAGAAAAGCGUUUGAUGGUGGCGACAGACACCCAGAAAGAUGGGUGUUCAGCGUUGCCGUCCCAGAACUCUGCCUUUCCUCACAAGGAAGAGGAGAAAAAUGAUCAAGUUCCAGGAGCCGGUGACGUUCAAGGACGUGGCUGUGGUCUUCAGCGAGGAGGAGCUGGGGCUGCUGGACUCUGUCCAGAGGAAGCUGUACCGAGACGUGACCCUGGAGAACUUCCGGAACCUGGUCUCAGUGGGGCAUCUCUUCUCUAAACCAGAUGUGAUAUCCCAGUUGGAGAGAGAGGAGCAGCUUUGGAUGACGGAGAUACAAAGUCAAAGGGGUGGGCAUUCAGCAGAGAAUUGUGCAGCCAGAGUCCUUGAAGGAGGCAGGAAUGAAAAUGAGAUGGAGACUCUUGGUGAAGCGGGAGGAAGGUGCCUUUCUUUGGGAGAGCUCUCCUGCUGGCAAAUCAGGAGACAUGUUGUGAGUAAAUUAACGAAAAGUCAAGUCUCCAUGCUACAUGUUCAAGAAAAGAGUUCUCAGCUCCCCAAACAACUUAAUUCCCCCGGUCAGGUGGGGGCAGGAAUCUCCAUUCAAGAAGACAGCUGUGUAAUGAGUCUUACAGAGAAUCAUUCCAGUAUUAAUGAAAGUCAAGCGUUUACAACCAGGAGAGCUCAGAAUUCUCGGAGUAACAUAUACCUGAACGAGACACAGAAUUAUCAGAGAAGUUGUAAGCAGAUGCCAGUGAAAAACAAGUCAUGUAUAUUUGCUCCAUGUGCUAACAUCUUCAGUUGUAAUUCAUGCCACCAUGAUGAUGAUAUAGUACACAAAAGAGAGAAAGCUCACAGCAACAAAGAUUGUGAUGAAGACAUCUCAAAUGUAUCAUCUCUUGCCCAGCUCAGUAUAAUCCACACGGGACAGAAAACCUACCAGUGUCGUGAAUGUGGAAAAGUAUUCAGCGAUAGCUCCAGACUUGAAGUUCAUCAGCAGUCACACUUGGCAAAGAAGUCCCUUAACUGUAGUACACGCGAGGAUACCGGUUAUAGCUCAGCCAUUCCCCUUCAACAGUACGUUCACGCAAGAAAAAAACGUUAUUGGUGUCAUGAGUGUGGAAAGUGUUUUAGUCAGAGCUCAAAUCUGCAGACUCAUCAGAGAGUCCACACAGGGGAGAAACCCUAUUCGUGCGUAGAGUGUGGGAAGAGCUUUAAUCAGACCUCACAUCUGUACGCUCACUUGCCUAUUCACACCGGGGAGAAGCCCUAUCGAUGCCAAAAUUGUGGGAAGGGCUUCAGUCGUAGCACAGAUCUUAAUAUUCACUGCAGAGUCCACACUGGAGAGAAACCUUACAAAUGCGAGAUAUGCGGAAAGGGCUUCACACAGAGAUCACAUCUUCAGGCCCACGAAAGGAUCCACACGGGAGAGAAACCAUAUACAUGUGCCGAUUGCGGUAAACGCUUCAGUUGUAGCUCAAAUCUUCACACCCAUCAGAGAGUCCACACUGAGGAGAAGCCCUACAGGUGCGAUGAGUGUGGGAAGUGCUUUAGUUUGAGCUUCAAUCUUCACAGUCACCAGCGAGUCCACACGGGAGAGAAACCAUAUAAAUGUGAAGAGUGCGGCAAAGGUUUUAGCUCAGCCUCAAGUUUCCAGAGCCAUCAGCGGGUUCACACGGGAGAGAAACCGUUUCGAUGCAAUGUGUGUGGCAAAGGCUUCAGUCAGAGUUCAUAUUUUCAAGCCCAUCAGAGAGUCCACACUGGAGAGAAACCCUACAAAUGUGAGGUGUGUGGGAAGCGCUUCAACUGGAGCUUGAAUCUUCACAAUCAUCAGAGAGUCCACACAGGAGAGAAACCCUACAAAUGUGAGGAGUGUGGGAAGGGCUUUAGCCAGGCCUCAAAUCUCCAAGCUCAUCAGAGUGUCCACACUGGGGAAAAACCAUUCAAAUGUGACGCGUGUCAGAAGCGAUUCAGCCAGUCUUCACAUCUUCAGGCCCACCAGAGAGUGCACACUGGAGAGAAGCCCUAUAAAUGCGAUACCUGCGGUAAGGCCUUCAGCCAGCGGUCAAAUCUUCAAGUCCAUCAGAUCAUUCACACCGGGGAGAAGCCAUUUAAAUGUGAGCAGUGUGGGAAGGAAUUCAGCUGGAGUGCUGGGCUCAGUGCUCAUCAGCGGGUCCACACCGGAGAGAAGCCCUACACGUGUCAGCAGUGCGGAAAGGGCUUCAGUCAGGCCUCCCAUUUCCACACACAUCAGAGGGUCCACACUGGAGAGAGGCCGUACAUAUGUGACGUAUGUUGUAAGGGCUUCAGCCAGAGAUCGCAUCUUGUAUAUCAUCAGAGAAUCCACACUGGAGGGGAUCUGUAGGCAUGCGACGUGCGACAUGGCCUUUAGUUUGAGUUCUCAUCUUGGUCCCCAUGAGAGAGUCUGUGCUGGUGAACGUGGAAAGCUCCUUCAGAACUCAGGAGCCUCGAGGAAUGGCCGCGGGAAAGCAGCUCUAUAAGACAUGUCUCGACAACGCAGUUGGGGGGAUGAAUUCUUUGUAAACAUCAGACUUCACAUGAGAGAAACUGCUUUCAUAAAAUGGUAAAUGGUUACACCAGAGUUUUCAACGUCCCGGUUCCGAAGAACACAACAGAAGGAUCGUACAUUCCAUUGGCGUCACCCAGAAGAGGGCGUAUGAACGGAGAUCAUGUGCAGCACUGGAACAAAAGUGUAUGUGGCAGAUUUGACGGACAAAUAAAAUUUAAGCCAACUACAAUGUAACCUCCGUGUAACAGAGGUGUUUUUCGCCACUACCAGUAUGUCUACCCUGUAGAACUGCUUGGCUUGUAUGAGGUGCCCAUCAGUUACUGAACAAAGUAGAGAAAACCACUAUAAUGACAAGUAUUUGAAAAUUCUAGUCAGUUCCCUACCUUAAAUUCAUAACAGCAUACGCAAAAAGAAUCCUGUAAUGCUGCCAUCCACAAUAAUACAAAUUAAUUUCAACAAGACUUCUGAAUGGCUCCCAUCCCCCAUUCAGCCUCAGUUUUUUGUACAGUGUAUUAUCUGUGUGUACAGUAUAAUACUUAAUCAUUGGUUUGUAUUUUAUAGACUGGAAAGUACUGGUUUUUAUUAAUCUAUUAACAUGAUACUGAAUUUAUAGAAUUAUAAAUUCUGAUCCCUAAUUCAUUAGGGUACAGUUUUACUGUAACUCUUUGAAAAUGUUAAAAGUAGUCACUAAUGACAGAAAGUUUUAGUGAACUUGAACUGUGAGUAAUCGGUUUCUUCUCAUUUUCAUGCAAACUUAGGUCAAAGUGCCUAUGCGUAGCUCUUCAUCCAUCGCGACUUUUAAGGCAGGGGCCUUGGCAGAUUUCAUGGACAUCACUUUGUCACAUUCCACCCUCACUCUUCCUGCUAAAAUGGGAAGGGGGAAGCAGUAUAAGAACUUUUUAAAAAAUUUUUAUUGAAAUUUCACUAACUAAUAGUUUAGGUAAAUUGUCAUUUUCACAGCAUUUCAUGUUCAACGCUUUCUCUUGAUUGAAGUGGACAACAUUAGCUGGUCAGUACGUAUCAAAAUACCCUUUGACCCAGCUACCCUAGCAGUAGAGGUUUUGCUUAGGAGAUUAUAGAAAAAGUUAGAUCAUACACAACGAUGUUCAUACUGAAUUCAAUAAAAGGAAAUAAGUAUCUGUAAAAUAUUUAAAUUUUGUUUGAAUAUUAUACAGCCAUGAAAAAUGUGUGAUGGUGGUCUCCUCUUGAAGUUACAACAUGCUUGACCCCUAUAAUUCACAAAGGAUUUCCUGCUCAACAUACUCAUGUCUGAGAGCUGCACACUGAAACGAGGGGACACACCUGAGUGAACCGUGGAGAUGGUGCGAGGGGAGGGGGGAGCGAAGGCCAGGGACAGAAGCUGUGCCCAGUCUAGCACUUGCUGAAGCCCCCAGUAGACACAAUGGCGUUCAAGGAUGGAGGUCAACUCCCACUGGGAAAACUAGAGGGGCAGGGACAACGAUGGGGCCUGGGGGGCUGGCACACAUUGAGACUGGGCACAGGGUCAAGAUCAGAGAAGCAGUGCAGAGGGUGUAGCGUCCCACAGCCUGCUAGCACCACCAGACAGAGGACUUCAGACAUGAAAACCCACCCACCCCACCCCCGUGGCCUGCUGGGUAGACAAAGUGCUGAAAACUUUCCAUCCAAGGGGUCUGUCCUCACUGUGGCUAAACAGUGUCCUA